GUCACUUUUUCAUGAAACAAGUUUUCUCAACCGUUUUUUUUAAUUAUCUAAACCAGAAACGUCUUUUUCAUUUUGACAAACGAUUGCCCGAGGCCGGCGAGUUUGGAAGACGACACGUAUACAUACGCUGCACCGGACAACCGAAGAGAUUUUAAAAUCAAUCAUGUUGGAAGAUGUAAUAAUGACAAAUAAUGUUGAUUCUGAAGAAAAAAAAGAAAAAGAGGGUCAUAAUGAAGAAAAAGAUUUGAAUGGAGACUUUGAAAAUAAUACAGAAGAGAACAACAAAAGAGAAAUGGAUGAUUAUAAGAAUAAACAACUUAUGAAGAUAGAUGAUGAAAACAAUGACAAAGUAAACAAGAAUACAGCGGAGACCAACAAAGAGGAGAAGGACAAUGGAGACAUUAAUAAACUUAAGGAGAUUGACAAUGUUUCUAAUAUUGAGAACCAUGUGGAGAAUAAAAAUCCUUUGGUAAUACUCGAUGAUGAAGAAGAUGAUAAUGUAGCAAAAAGUAUUGAGAAAAACGCGGAGAAUGAUAUUUUUGAGAAUAUGAAUAACAUAACUGAGAACAAGAUUACAGUCAUUGUGGAGAACAACAAAGAGGAGAAGGACAAUGGAGCCAUUAAUAAACUUAAGGAGAUUGACAAUGUUUCUAAUAUUGAGAACCAUGUGGAGAAUGAAAUUCCUUUGGUAAUACUCGAUAAUGAAGAAGAUGAUAAUACCUUGACAAUUAAGGUUGUGGAAAAAAAAAAUACUAACCAAAUAGAGAUUGAUGGUGAGAAAAAUACUACUUUUACUGUCACAAAACCUCUAGAGAUAAAUGAUAUUGUAGAAAAAAAAAUAAAAAAUAACGCAGUUGAUGAACAACUUAAAGAGAUUGAUACUGUAGUAAAAAGUAUUGAGAAAAACGCAGAGAAUGAUAUUUUUGAGAAUAUGAAUAACACAACUGAGAACAAGAUUACAGUCAUUGUGGAGAACAACAAAGAGGAGAAGGACAAUGGAGCCAUUAAUAAACUUAAGGAGAUUGACAAUGUUUCUAAUAUUGAGAACCAUGUGGAGAAUGAAAUUCCUUUGGUAAUAAUCGAUAAUGAAGAAGAUGAUAAUACCUUGACAAUUAAGGUUGUGGAAAAAAAAAAUACUAACCAAAUAGAGAUUGAUGGUGAGAAAAAUACUACUUUUACUGUCACAAAACCUCUAGAGGUAAAUGAUAUUGUAGAAAAAAAAAUAAAAAACAACACAGUUGAUGAACAACUUAAAGAGAUUGAUACUGUAGCAAAAAGUAUUGAGAAAAACGCAGAGAAUGAUAUUUUUGAGAAUAUGAAUAACACAACUGAGAACAAGAUUACAGUGGAGAACAACAAAGAGGAGAAGGACAAUGGAGCCAUUAAUAAACUUAAGGAGAUUAACAAUGUUUCUAAUAUUAAGAACCAUGUGGUGAAUGAAAAUCCUUUGGCAAUACUCGAUGGUGAAGAAGAUGAUAAUACCUUGACAAUUGAGAAUGUGAAAAAUUGGAAUACUAACCUAAUAGAGAUUGACUGUGACAAUGACACAACUUCUACUAAUGACAGUUCUGAAGAAUUAGAAUUAGGGGAAAAUAUGAUUAAAAAUGGUCUGUUGCCGAAAGACAAUGAACAAAAAAGUGAAAAUAACGCAGAUAAAAAGUCUGAUGAACGAGAAAUAAAGUUAGUUGAAUGUAAUGACGAUUCGGAGGAAGAAAUUUCUAAAAAAAGAAAAAAUGACCAAGAAGAAGGACCACGAAAAAGGACAAAAUCUCACUGAAGAUCAAGAAAUUGAUUUGAAGUGCCAAUCCAGGGAAAUAUAAUAAUAGAAAGAUAAAUUAACUACCUACUUAUAUAAUUGAAUAUUUCAACAUUUUAAAUAUAAAAAUUAUUAAAUCAUUAGUUCAUUAUUUAUCAUAUAUUAUUUUCAUAUAACCAGAAUUACAUUUUAUACUUGUACAGAUAGAAUAUAAUAUGGACUUAAUUUAUUUGAUUAUAAUAUUAAUUACUAAUACUACAUAAAAUGUUUGAUAAAUUUUAUAAGUUAUAACCUAUAUCUUGAAAUAUUAAUAAAUAUGACAUAUCUUGACAAUAUUAAUUUUUCUGUUUUAAAUUAAAUCUUAACCCUAUUCUAUUUUUUUUUUUAUAAUAAAUAUUAAAUUAGUAAUACAUAAAACAUUAUAUUCCACUGGUAUACAAAAAAAAAAAAUCAUUAGUAAUUAAUAGGGCUCGGAAUUCAAUGACCAAAAAUGUUUAGCUAAUACCAAUAUUAAUAAUAUUUUUUUCCAUUACUAUUAAUGCAUUACAUUUAAUAAAUCAAUUGAUGUUUAUAAGAAAUAAUAAAAUACAAAAUAAUUAAUUAAAUAGUAGUAUAGUUUUAUAUUGAUGAAAGUUAAUUAACAUAAAUAUUUUUUUUA